GGGGAGGCGGGGAGGCAGCCCCCGGCGGCCCGGCUGCGGAGUCCGGGCGGUUGCCCAGAGGGUUAACCCAGUCCCGGGCGGCGCGGCGCGCAGAGCCAGCCCCACGGCCGGCUUAUUGGGCCAGCGCGCGGAGAGACAGGGGUCUGCAGCAAAUCACGAACUGAUGUUUGAGCCAGCAUGUCGCGGAGGAAGCAAGCGAAGCCUCAACAUUUCCAAUCCGACCCCGAAGUGGCCUCGCUCCCCCGGCGAGAUGGAGACACAGAGAAGGGCCAGCCGAAUCGCCCCACUAAGAGCAAGGAUGCCCACGUCUGUGGCCGGUGCUGCGCUGAGUUCUUUGAGCUGUCGGAUCUUCUGCUCCACAAGAAGAACUGCACUAAAAACCAACUGGUUUUAAUCAUAAAUGAAAGUCCAGCCUCCCCACCACCGGAGACCUUCUCCCCCAGCCCUCCUCCCGGGAAUCCCCCGGAUGAACAAAUGAAUGACCCCGUGAACAAAACCCAACAGGCUGACUGCAGCGACCUUUCCCAACACAACGGGCUUGACCGGGAAGAGUCCAUGGAGGUGGAGGCCCCGGGGGCCGGCAAAGGUGGGGGCACUCUGAGCAGCAGCGUUGAGGGGGGCGUUGCCCCCAGCUGCAGCAGUAGCUCCUCCACAGGUACCUCAGCGAUCACAACCUCUCUACCUCAACUCGGGGACCUGACGACGCUGGGAAGCUUCUCCGUGAUCAACAGUAACGUCAUCAUCGAGAACCUCCAGAGCACCAAGGUGGCAGUGGCCCAGUUCUCCCAGGAAGCGAGGUGCAAUGGAGCGUCGGGGGGCAAGCUGGCUGUCCCGGCACUCAUGGAGCAGCUCCUAGCACUGCAGCAGCAACAGAUUCACCAGCUGCAGCUCAUCGAACAGAUUCGGCACCAAAUACUGCUGUUGGCUUCUCAGAGCGCAGACUUGCCAACGUCUCCUAGCCCUUCUCAAGGUACUUUACGAACAUCUGCCAACCCCUUGUCCACACUGAGUUCCCAUUUAUCUCAGCAGCUGGCAGCGGCAGCUGGAUUAGCUCAGAGCCUCGCCAGCCAGUCUGCCAGCAUCAGCGGUGUGAAACAGCUCCCCCCCAUCCAGCUACCUCAGAGCAGUUCUGGCAACACCAUCCUCCCCCCCAACAGUGGCCCUAACCCCAGUGUGAACAUCCUGGCAGCGGCAGUGACCACCCCGUCCUCGGAAAAAGUGGCUUCUAGCGCCGGCACCUCCCUCGCCGGCAACCCAGCAGCCUCGGCAGCCUCCUCACCAGCUUUUGCAAUAAGCAGUUUGUUAAGCCCUGCUUCGAAUCCACUUCUACCUCAGCCAGCCCCUGCUAACUCGGUGUUCCCCAGCCCCUUGCCCAACAUCGCGACAACGGCGGAGGAUCUUAACUCCCUGUCUGCCUUGGCCCAGCAAAGAAAAAGCAAGCCACCAAAUGUCACUGCCUUCGAGGCGAAAAGUGCUUCUGAUGAGGCAUUCUUCAAACACAAGUGCAGGUUCUGUGCGAAGGUCUUUGGGAGUGACAGUGCCUUGCAGAUCCACCUGCGCUCCCAUACUGGUGAGAGGCCCUUCAAGUGCAACAUCUGCGGGAACCGCUUCUCCACCAAGGGGAACCUCAAGGUCCACUUCCAGCGCCACAAAGAGAAGUACCCACACAUCCAGAUGAACCCCUACCCUGUGCCCGAACAUCUGGACAAUAUCCCCACCAGUACCGGCAUCCCUUAUGGCAUGUCCAUCCCUCCAGAAAAGCCUGUCACCAGCUGGCUCGACACCAAGCCCGUCCUGCCCACUCUGACCACAUCAGUCGGCCUGCCGCUGCCCCCGACCCUCCCCAGCCUCACCCCCUUCAUCAAGACAGAGGAGCCGGCCCCCAUCCCCAUCAGCCACGCUGCCACCAGCCCCCCAGGCUCAGUCAAAAGUGACUCCGGGGCCCCCGAGCCCACCCCUAGAAACCCAGGUGGACUUCCAGAGGAAGGUGAAGGGUCCACCGCACCAUCUUCAGGUGGUAAAAGCGAAGAGGGUGGCCUGGGCAGCAGCUCAGCCCCAGCAGUGAGUAUCAGUGCUCUAAGCUCCCCAGUGGCGGAGGGGGGUAGCCUGGCCAACACUUCCACCUUUACCAACCCCUUGUUGCCGCUCAUGUCCGAGCAGUUCAAGGCAAAGUUUCCUUUCGGGGGACUUCUGGACUCGGCCCAAGCAUCAGAGACGUCUAAGCUUCAGCAACUGGUAGAAAACAUUGACAAGAAGGCCACUGACCCUAAUGAGUGUAUCAUCUGCCAUAGGGUCCUCAGCUGUCAGAGCGCCUUGAAAAUGCACUAUCGGACACACACGGGGGAGAGGCCCUUCAAGUGCAAGAUCUGUGGCCGGGCCUUCACCACAAAAGGGAACCUGAAGACCCACUACAGUGUCCACCGUGCGAUGCCUCCACUAAGAGUCCAGCAUUCCUGCCCUAUCUGCCAGAAGAAGUUCACCAACGCAGUGGUCCUGCAGCAACACAUCCGAAUGCACAUGGGGGGCCAGAUCCCUAACACCCCAGUCCCUGACAGCUACCCUGAGUCCAUGGAGUCAGACACGGGCUCCUUCGAUGAGAAGAAUUUUGAUGACCUGGACAACUUCUCCGAUGAAAACAUGGAAGACUGUCCAGAGGGCAGCAUCCCCGACACGCCCAAGUCCGCUGACGCCUCUCAAGACAGCUUAUCAUCAUCGCCUUUACCACUGGAGAUGUCCAGCAUCGCUGCUUUGGAAAACCAGAUGAAGAUGAUUAAUGCUGGCCUGGCAGAGCAGCUGCAGGCCAGCCUGAAGUCGGUAGAGAAUGGCUCAGUCGAGGGGGACGUGCUGACCAAUGACUCGUCCUCGGUGGGUGGCGAUAUGGAGAGCCAGAGUGCUGGCAGUCCAGCCAUCUCAGAGUCUACCUCCUCCAUGCAGGCUCUGUCCCCAUCCAACAGCACCCAGGAGUUCCACAAGUCACCCAGCGUCGAGGAGAAGCUGCCACGUGCUGUCCCGAGUGAGUUUGCCAAUGGUUUGUCUCCCACCCCAGUGAAUGGUGGGGCUUUGGAUUUGACCUCUAGCCACACAGAGAAAAUCAUCAAGGAAGAUUCUCUGGGGAUCCUCUUCCCGUUCAGAGACCGGGGUAAAUUUAAAAACACUGCUUGUGACAUUUGUGGCAAAACCUUUGCUUGUCAGAGUGCCUUGGACAUUCACUAUAGAAGUCAUACCAAAGAGAGACCAUUUAUUUGCACAGUUUGCAAUCGUGGCUUUUCCACAAAGGGUAAUUUGAAGCAGCACAUGUUGACACAUCAGAUGCGAGAUCUACCAUCACAGCUCUUUGAGCCCAGUUCCAACCUUGGCCCCAAUCAGAACUCGGUGGCGAUCCCCACCAACUCGUUGUCCUCUCUGAUCAAAACCGAGGUCAACGGCUUUGUGCAUUUCACUCCUCAGGACAGUAAGGAUGCCCCCACCAGUCAGGUCCCUUCUGGGCCUCUGUCAUCCUCUGCCACGUCCCCAGUUCUGCUCCCAGCUCUGCCCAGGAGAACCCCCAAACAGCACUACUGCAACACAUGUGGCAAAACCUUCUCCUCCUCGAGUGCCCUGCAGAUUCACGAGAGAACUCACACUGGAGAGAAACCCUUUGCUUGCACUAUUUGUGGAAGAGCAUUCACCACUAAAGGCAAUCUGAAGGUACACAUGGGCACACACAUGUGGAACAGCACCCCUGCCCGCAGGGGACGCCGGCUCUCAGUGGAUGGCCCCAUGACAUUUCUAGGAGGCAACCCCGUCAAGUUCCCAGAAAUGUUCCAGAAGGAUUUGGCUGCAAGGUCAGGCAGCAGCGGGGAUCCUUCCAGUUUCUGGAAUCAGUAUGCAGCUGCACUCUCCAACGGGCUGGCCAUGAAGGCCAAUGAGAUCUCCGUCAUUCAGAAUGGUGGCAUCCCUCCAAUUCCUGGAAGCCUGGGCAGCGGGAGCAGCUCACCUAUUAGUGGGCUGACUGGAAAUCUGGAAAAGAUCCAGAACUCCGAGCCCAGCGCUCCCCUGGCUGGCCUGGAGAAAAUGGCAAACAGCGAGAACAGCACCAACUUCCGGUUCACCCGCUUUGUAGAGGACAGCAAAGAGAUUGUCACCAGUUAAAGCAGGCAACUCUGCUGGAGAAAGAGCAUUCCUACCCAGAAGGAGACUCUUGUAGUGGCCUCCCACAUCUUGCCCCCACCACCCCUAUCUUCUGGUUCCCCCAGAUCUAUGAACUACAUAUUAUCAAGACGUUCUUUUGUACCUUAUUCAACUUCUAGAGUUCUAAAAAGAAAAAAGGAGAAAAAAAAAAGCUUAUUUAUUAGUGAUAAAACCUUGCUUUGCAAACAGAAUGCAAGCAUUAACUUUGGUCUUCUGUAUUUUGGACUAAAUACUAAUUGACUAGAGUGCUGUAAACUUGCUGUAACAUUUAUGGCAAUUGCAAGUUGCCCUGCUAGGCGGUCUUAAUCUGGCAUUAACUUAUUUUCUAUAUCCAGUUUAAUAUGAACCUGGUGUUGAUGCAAUGCCACAGUGAUGCAUUAGGUCUAAUAAUAAAGUCUGUAUAUAAAUGUUCACUUUGAUCCUGCUGGAAAAUUUUAUCAGCAAACACAGUGUCUAAUCUUUUUGAAACAGAAUUGAGGAAAGGACUGAGAGUACAGACUGAACAGUGUGAUUCUUUGAAAGGUUUGGUUUAUUUUGUUCUUUUGUUUUCUAAUUUUUAUUCUAAAAUUCAACCUGCUUUUCUUUUUGUAGAUUUAACCAUUUCCGUUUUGAACUGCUAUUUGUAUUGUGCUUUUUACUUGAGUCGUCCUCAGUGUUAAUAAGUUUCUGUACAGUAAUAAGCACGCAGAAUUCUUUAGAGAAAAUACAAGUGUUGUUUUGGUAGUUGAAACUGAGACGUAACAUUUUGCCUUGUAGGUAUAUUCACAAUAGAAAAAUGUGUGCUGGAAUCUCACAAUGCUGCUAAGUAUAGCAUCUUGAACAACCUUCCGUGGAGAAAAUGUAGAUGCUCUUGUAUAUAUAAUAAGAAAUAUCACUUUCAUUAAAAUGUACAUAUGUUCCUUACAAGAGCAAAUGCUUCUUCUUGAUCAAGAGAGCAGGUAUAGUGUUUGUUUAUUUUGUAUUAGGUAUGGAAGAAAAAAAUUGGACUGUUACAUGCACUUUCUUGGAAAGUUGAAAGGAAGGGGGGGGUCCAAUUUCUUUAACAUUUAAUACUUACUAACAACAGAGAUACUGUAAUUUUACUCAAGUAAUCAAAUACAUUUUUUUUGCAACAGAUAAAACAAAA